AAGGAAAACUGCAGUUUUGUGAUGCUUUAUAGUAUAUUGGAAGAUCUUUACGUCAUUUAUUCGAUUUUAAUUAAUCUCACUUUAUUCAGCAGCUAAUUUUUUUAAUUCUGAAACAUCUUUAAAAAACAAGAAACAAAGUUUAAAAAAAGGGGAAUAAUGUAUUUAAAAAAUAAAUUCCAUUCUCAAAAUGAAUAAAAACAAGAAAAUUAUUACUACUAAAUAAAUAAAAUGUAUAUAGAAUGAACGAAUUAUCAGCAAAUAUAAUUUUCAUAAUAAAUUACAAGCUUAUAACUAAAAAGAAAGCUAUCGGUUUUUAAAGCGUUCCCCAUAUCAGUUCUUCAGAAGGACAGAGAGAGAAAAAGAUUUUCAAAAGGGAGCAAGACCUCCCACCGAGAAGAUUAGUGAACUUGGGGGUGGAAGUUGCCUUCCUCCCUUACUCAAAGGUAGAAAGUGACUUGUGUUUCAAAGGCAAUAUUACAAAAAGUAAUAAAGAUUAAAAAAAUUAACCUACAUUUUCGUGGAUAGGAAAGAUUGAAAAAAUUAUUAGUAUUUUUUUUUAAUUGAUCACUCCGAUUCUUGAACAAGAAAAAUCGAUUCAAAGUAUGACAAGCCCGCCAUAGACUUUACAUGUUAAAAGCAGAAUUGAGGAGUCUGCUUGGUGCAACACUUUUCUCCCGGCAACCACGAUUGUGGACCCGACUUUCUGAUCAUUUGAGCGCGCCCCUUGUUUUUUGUUCGCCAAGGAACGAACUAUUCAGAUGGGAGAACCGAUUGCAUUCAAAGAGCGCCCUCUAGGAUCCUAAGAUCUAUCCAAUACUCGACAUGCUAAGCGGGUAAAAAUGGUCAACAGUAAAUGUGGUAGGUAAACAAAUUCCAGCUCGAAAAUUCAUUUCAAGUCAAUUCUAGGUAUUUGGGUAAAAUUGUUAAGAAUGUCUGCUAUUUAAAUUGGAUACAUUGAACUGAGUUUCAAUUCAUUUGAAGAUAUCCUAGGAUAAUAGCUAUGAAAAGGUUAUCUAACAUCUUAGUAUUUGUUUCUACUGCCUCAGUGAAUAGUUGAAGAAAGAAAUUUUCAUUACUUAAUAGGUUCUGCUAUUUAAAAUUGGAUACUUUGAUCUACAUUUCGUGAGUCUUGAAGAUAACCUUGAAUAAUAACUCCGAAAAUAGUAUCUAACAUCUUAAAACUUGUUUCUACUGCCACAAAGAAUAGUUGAAGAAAGAAAUUUUCAUUACUUAAUAGGACUAGUACGUUUCCUUAAUACUCAUUCAUUAAUAAUAUUGCAUGAUUUUGUAAUGAAAAUAAGUUAGACAUGCCUGUUGUCUUAGCUUUGGGCUUUUUGUAUCCAUCAGUUAAUUCUAUCACUCAAAUGUUAUUGUAAAAUUUUUAUUGUAGCUUUUUAAAAAUCUAUUUUGACUAGGCAUAGUAGAGUCUACCCGUAUAAAAUUUUACUAUUUCAGUUCAUGUGAAAAUGUAAUACGAUAAUUUAGUUAAGUUUAUACAGAGUGUCGGUAUGAGUGCCUCUAAUAGCAGCCACUUACUCAAUCUUACUGUUCCGACUGAUGAAAAACAUUCUUGUAGUAUGUAUAAUAAAAGUUUCUCAAAAAAGGAUAAUUUAAGUAAGCACUUACCUGUUCAUACUGUAGAAAAACCUUAUUCUUGUAACUUGUGUAAUAAGACCUUUCCACAGAGGAGUCUCCUGACUCGGCACAGUUAUGUUCAUACUGGUGAAAAACCUUUUUCUUGCAGUAUAUGUAAUAAGAGCUUUUCGCAAAAAGCUCAAUUAAGUAGACACUUUGCUAUUCAUACUGGAGAAAAACCUUUUUCUUGUGGCAUAUGUAAUAAGAGUUUUGCAGAGAUGCGUGACCUGACUGUUCACAGCCGUGUUCAUACUGGUGAAAAACUUUUUUCUUGUAGUUUGUGUAAUAAGAGUUUUUCAGGGAAGGGAACACUAAGGAGACACUAUCUCACUCAUACUGGUGAGAAACCUUAUUCUUGUAGCGUAUGUAAUAAGAGUUUUUCAUAUAAGUGUGAUCUAACUAAACACAGUCAUACUCAUACUGGUGAGAAACCUUUUUCUUGUAGUAUAUGUAAUAAGAGCUUUUCACUGAGUCGCUAUCUGACUGAGCACAGUCAUGUUCAUACGGGUAAAAAACCUUUCUCGUGCAGUAUUUGUAAUAAGAGCUUUACACGGAGUAACUAUCUCACAAAGCACCAUUGUGCUAAUACUGGUUAGACUAUCUCUUCUUCCAGUAUAUGUAGCAAGAUUUUUACGGUUGUAACCUGAUUGUGCACAGUCUUGUUCAUAAUUGCAUAGCUGUCAACUCUACUGGAUUUUGCCAGUUUCUCCUGGUCGACUGUUUUAAUAAAAAUUCUCCUGGUUUUUGUACAUUUUAGAAAAUUCUCUAAAGUUGAGUAAGUUUCCUUGAAAAAAUCCCUAUUGAGAUAGAAUUUUUGCGCAAAUUAUUGCUUACUUGAAUAUUUAAAUGCGUUUCGCUAAUGCAUAAUAAGGUGAGCCUCUUUUAUAAAAUUCAGUUGACUUUCUUUGAUGAAUUAAAUGCCUAUUACUAUUCAAUAUUAUGAAUAAACAUUAUACAUAGCAUUUCAAGCUCAUUUAAUGUGAAAUUAUAACUCAAAAAUGUUGCAGUUUUUCUAUUUUGAUGACUGAAAAUCUCUAAAAUUACCUAUGUGUAAAAUAGCUAUAUAUUUUUCAACAAUUAUCAUGAAAUUCAUAUUAUUUCGUAAAAUCUGCUGGAUAUUUUCCUAUUAGCGUUGCCAGCUAUGUAAUUGAAAAACCUUGUUCCUUUCAUUUGUUUUUAUGCUCUGUUUUUUUUUCUAUGUUUCUUUGUUAUUCUCUCUCGGCUGCUAAGGUUUUGUUUCUCAUCUUUAUUUUCCUUUUUUCGUUGAAAAGGGGCAUCUACUUUUGAGUGCUUGAAACAUGUCUAUAAGACAUGUAUUAUUAGGAAUUGCAAAAAUGUACAAAGUUGCUCUUACAAAAAUUUUAAACAUUAAAUCCCAAUGCAAUUGAAAGUUUCAUUAUAUAAUAUUUUUAUAACCACAAUUCAAUGAAAUGAUAAUUUACUUAUAAAAAUGUUUUUUAAAUGUGUACUAUUUUCCCUAUAGUCCAUUCCACCUUAAGUUGGCACUGGAGAGAAAGGUAGGUAGACCGGAUUACAUGGAAACUGGGUUACUCUUUAAGUCAGUACGGGGAUGAGGUAGCAACAAAGGGAGAGAAAGUGGCCAGUAUUGGCGUUUAAGAAAGCAAAACGCCGAUUUUUUUUUUUAAAACCAAGAAUCGUACUAAAAUUUUGUACAGAAUACGGAAAAGAGCACGAUUUUUUAGAGCAUUUCUCAUAAUUAUUAUUUUAAGAUACUAGUUGUAAGCUGAUUUCUUAAUUAGUAUUUAAAAAGCAGAUUUUCUUAUUAUGAUUUUUUAACUGAACGAAACUAAUUUUAAACAACAGAAAUAUAAAUGUAUAUAUUUUUUGCUGAAAUCUAUUUUAUAUGCUUAUAUUUUGAAGAUUAAUGUACAUUAAUUUACCCCACAUUGGUGUUUUGAUGGGGAAGGAAAAAUCAGCAGUACAGGAAAUUAUUGAUCAGGAAAAAGAUCAUACUUAUGUUUUAUAAUAUUUACUGUUCUUUUUUUCUUAUUAUUAUGAUUUUUUAAUUAAACAAAACUAAUUUUAAGAAAAAAAUAUAUAUUUACAAAAAUUAUUUUUUGCUGAAAUCGAAGUAAAAAAAAGGAAAUGCAUAUAUGAGCAUAAAUACGUGUUUUAUGUUCAUCUCUUAGACUCAACAGGAUCCUGGUGCUUAUCAUGUUAUUCAUCUAAUAUUUUAACAGUUGACAGUUCCUUUUGCAAACUCUUUGUGGAGUCGCCGUGAAUUGAAUUCAAUCCACAAUUUCUCAUCAGGAGAAAUUCCACUUGGGUGGUUAGGCGCAUUUCUUCAAAAGAAAAUACAUAUUUUAAAAUAUUAGAACCUUCCUUUACUUUUCAGGAUCUUUGCGGGUGAAAGGAGGUUUAAGAGAAAAAUCCGUAUAAUUAGUUAUUUAAGUAUAGUAGAAUUAGUUAGUCUCAAAAUAUUUUGUCAGAUACUGAAAUAUCUUAGUAUUUUCUACAUAAGAGAAAGAAUUUCUCCGCUUUUUUGGCUUUGUAUUUCAAAAAUUAUAAUUAAAAUAUUGAUUGGUUUAAAUUAACCCUUCGAUAUUUAAAAGAAAUUAAUGAUUCAAAUUUUGUGUCUUUUUUGAAAUUAUUUCAAUUCUUAUACAUUUUAUUAGUUUAUAACUAACGGAUUUGCACACUUAUAUUAUGGAAUUUGUAUUUCAGAUAAUAUUUAAAAGUCCCUUUAAUUAAACAAACUAAGAAUCUUAAAUUUCCGCCAUCACAUUAUUAAAGUUCCUAUAAAAAGCGAAUUGUACUUCAGAGCUACACAUGGCGCAAAAGACACAAAAUUUGAAUCUUUAUACAGAGAUUGAAUAAAGCGAAAAAAAAUUUUUUCUUUUGUCUUAAAAAAAUAAUAAUUAAAUCACAUGUUGAAUUAGCUACACAGCAAAUAUGCUCAAUUGUCAUCAGUUUAAUAAUAUUCACCUGUGUAUUUGUUUUUUUGUUUUUUUUCAUUCAUUCUGAAGGAGAAAAAUUUUUCAUUAAAUAUUGUACACAUGAUGUUAAUAUUUAGAAAAUUAAAUAAUCAAAUACAAAAAGAAAGUGAAAUAAGAACUGCACAAGAGAUAGGACACUUAAGCAAAGGCAAGGAGAAUGGAAAGAGCUGGCUGACCAGUGUAAAAACAUAGCUAACGCGCCAAUUCCUUGGCUUUGAAAACUAAUCCAGCGCCAAAUUAAAACACCUCCUUCUUCUUUGUACAUUCGCUUCACUAAGAAGGUAUACGUAAGUUAAAUACAUUUAAGCAUGAAAAACUUCUAAUGCAUAUUUCAAUAUAAACUUUUUUUACUAUACAACAUUUAUUUAUAUUUGUACGCGCAUUUAAACUGUAAUUAAUUCCAAAAUAAAGAACUACUUUUCAAAUGUGGAGUAUUACAUUUCCUACCCUUCCCUGCAGUGCCAACUUAAGGUGGAAUGGACUAUAGCCUGUGAGUCUGGUUACAUAUAGUUUCAAACAAUAUUUUAAAAUAUAGCUCCUUGCACCUAUUAAUUGCUGAAAUUCUCUUUCUAGAAUUCUUAUUCUGUAUUUUUUUUUGUUAAUUGAGAUACUAGAGCUUUUUAUAGAAUCUCUCUUUCCCUUUAUAUGAAACACAAUUUCACCUAUUAAUUGCUUAAAUACUCUUUCCAGAAUUAUUGUUCUGAUGUAGUUUUUUGUUAUUGAGAUACUAGAACUUAUUAUAGAAGCUCUCUUUCCCUUUAUGUGAAACAAUUUCACCUAUUAAUUGCUUAAAUACUCUUUCCGGAAUUCUUGUUCUGAUGUAGUUUUUGUUAUUGAGAUACUAGAACUUAUUAUAGAAGCUCUCUUUCCCUAUACAUAACAUGAGACACAAUUUCACCUAUUAAUUGCUGAAAUACUCUUUCUUGAAUUCUUGUUCUGUUAAACUUUUUGUUAUUGAGAUGCUAGAGCUUAUUCUAGAAGCUCUCUUUAUCUUUACAUAACAUAAGACACAAUUUUACAG